CCAGAUUCUUAAUGAAGUGGACACAGGAGGGCUUCGUGUGCGCAUGCGCUCGGUGUAAAAUGUAGUUGGAAAUGAGGUGUCCGUCUUGGAGUAGUCGACUUUUAAAAAGCAUCGGCAGCCCCUGAUAUGACGACUUCGCUGGUUCUGCAUCCACGCUGGGCGGACACCUUGAUGUACGUUUAUGAAAAAAGCCCGAAUGAAAACAACCAGAAUAAAAGCCAAACAAUGGAGGGACUGAGCGGUAAUUGCCCUGCGACCCACUGCAGGGACCUGAUGUCGCACCCUGCGCUGGGACGACAUUCUGGCACCAUAGCGACCCACCAGGGCUCCGUCUACUCGGAUAUUUCCUCUCCAGACACCGGUCGGCAGUGUCCCGCUCCCCAGACAUCAUCCAGUGCGUCUCUGAGCUAUGGCUAUCCCUUUGGAAACCCGUAUUACGGCUGUAGAUUGUCUCAUUCGCACAACGUGAACUUGCAGCAGAAGCCUUGCUCGUACCAUCCCGCAGAAAAAUAUGCCGAGCCCAGCACAGCGCUGCCCACGGAAGAACUGUCUACCAGGGCGAAAGAGUUUACCUUCUACCCGAGUUUCGCCGGCUCAUAUCAGGCUGUUCCUGGAUAUCUCGACGUAUCGGUGGUGCCCAGUAUCAGUGCCCAUCCGGAGCCGCGGCACGACGCCUUGAUCCCCAUGGAGGGCUACCAGCACUGGGCUCUCUCCAAUGGCUGGGAUGGGCAGGUGUACUGCUCCAAAGAGCAAACGCAGUCAACUCAUCUUUGGAAAUCACCUUUCCCAGAUGUUGUGCCAUUGCAGCCUGAGGUCAGCAGUUACCGUCGUGGGCGUAAAAAGCGUGUCCCUUAUACCAAGAUCCAGCUGAAGGAGCUGGAGAAAGAGUAUGCAGCCAGCAAAUUCAUCACCAAAGACAAGAGAAGGCGCAUCUCGGCCGCCACCAACCUCUCAGAGCGUCAAGUCACCAUCUGGUUCCAAAACCGGCGAGUCAAGGAGAAGAAGUUUGUCAGUAAAUCCAAGAACAAUCACAUGCACACCACUUGAUAACUUCGGCGACCUCCUUCAAACUUCAACUCAUACCUUUCAAAACAUCAUGCCAUAUAUUUACCUCUUGCAUUGAAAGUCGUGGCUGAAGAACAUUUUGGCAGUGUUUUUUUUUCUUUUCUUUUUUUUUUUCUUUGUUUUUUUUCUUUUAUUUAAGUUCAAUCAUAUCCAUCGA